AUGAGAGCUAUUAUUUAUAGUUGGUGUAGGUUAUACUCGGAACACAGUUCUAUCAAUGACAGAAUGGAUUCACCAUCAACUUCAGCAGCAGCAGGAGGUGGACCAUCAUUAAAAAAACAGGUUCAUAUGCGAAAUGUUGAACACAAUGAUGACGAUAAUGCUAGUAAUUAUAGUUUCAAGAGUCAAAAGAGUGUAGCUAGUACUAGAAGUGCAAAGAGUCAACACAGUAAUAUCAGCAAAAGUACAACAAAUGCAUCUAGAACAUCUGCAUCGGCAAGUGUUCGUGAAAGCUUAUUGGCUGCCGAUAGAUUAAAGCAACGAGUCGAUGAGGAUCUUCAAAAGUUCUAUGCCGAGAGACCAAACAAAGGAUUUUGGUAUAGAUUUGGUACGAGUAAAGGUAUCGUCGUCACUCUUAGUAUGUUGUGUGGUCUCAUCUUUGGUUACAAUACUGGUGUCAUUACAAGUUCUUUGGAUCAUAUCACUGAACAAUAUGACUUGAAUACUGUUCAACAAGGUCUAGUUGUAUGUUCAACUCUUUUAGGUGCUCUAUUUGGUUCUGUUAUGGGUGGUCUUCUUGCUGAUGUUAUCGGUAGAAAACCUAUUAUCCUUGCAAUUGCAAUAACAUGUAUUGGUGGAGCUAUUUCAUCAGCUGCAACAUCACCAUUGGGUUUGGCAGCAUCAUUAAGAAUUAUUUUGGGAUGGUCUGUUGGAGCUGGGAGUAGUGUUGGGCCGUUGAUGGUGUCAGAGGUGGUACCGCCAGAGAAACGUGGAAGAUGGGGAUCCGUCUUUCAGAUUAGUGUCACUGUUGGAUUGUUGAUUGGUAAUUUCAUCGGUCUACCUUUGAUGAAGGCUCCACACAAUUGGAGAUGGAUGUGGGCUGCUGGAGCAGCUCCUGGAUUCCCUCUACUCGUCGUUUGGGCACUCAUCCACGAAUCACCAAAAUUCCAAAUCAUGCAACGUAUCAAAAAGGAGGAGAAGGCAAUCAACGAUGCCAACGGUAUCGUCGUUCACAAGGAAACUUGGAUGGAAAUCCUAAGAAAGAAAAAGAAUCGUCGUCCCAUGUUUAUUGGUUUUGUCCUCGCCGUCAUUUCACAGUGGACUGGUAUCAAUGCAUUUAUGUACUUUUCAACUAUUAUCUUUGAGUUUGCAGGUUUCACUCAACAAUAUGCUCCAUUGACUUGUUCAUCCAUUCUCCAAUUUUGGAAUGUUUCUACUGCCGUUGCAGCUAUGUUUUUGGUAGAUGUAGUUGGUCGUCGUAUGCUCCUGUUUGCAGGUGCCAUUACAAUGACUUUUUGUGAUCUACUCAUGGCUCUCUUUUUCGUUGUAUUGGAUGGUAAAGUUCAAGGUUGGUUAUGUAUCGUUCUACUCUUUGGUUUUGUUGGUGCUUUCGAAUUAAGUAUUGGUACAUUGUUUUGGUUUGUAAUUAAUGAAAUUCUUGAUGAUGAUAUUAAGAAUAUUGGUACACCCAUUAUUACUGCUCUUCAAUGGUUAUUUAAUUUAUUACUUUCAUUUACUUUUUUGUCUGCUGUAAAAUAUAUUGGUCAAUCAACAAUGUUUUGGAUCUUUGGUGGAGUUGGUUUAGUUUGUAUAGUGCUGUUGGCUAUUUUCUUGCCACCAGCCAAGGGUAAUACUCAAAUGGGCGUUGUUGAAGACAAUAGAAAUCAACUUGAAAAUGAAGAAAGAGAAUUUGAUCAAGAGGAAGAUGGAGAUCAUCAACAUCAUGAUGGAGACGAUUAUCAUGAUGAAAAAGAACAUAAAUUAAGAGAAGAAGAAGAACAUAAUCAAUCAUUCUAUCAUGGUAAUAAUAAUAAUAAUAAUGAUCAUGCAAUUGGUUCUCCAAUGAGAUAA